AUGGUGGCGGAAAGGGCGGGGCCCCUCCUGUCAUUGGCCCUAGGGGCCAUAGUGGGUUCGGGCGCUGGGUGCGAGCGUGGUGCCCGUGCCCGAGACCGAACGGGGCUGACCCCGGACGCAGCCCGCGGCGUGGGCGCCGGCAGCCAGAACACCGGCCAGUGGGGGGGGGCGAUCCGCGGUGGACGGGGCGAGGCCAGGUACGGCGACGGGGCGGCGGUGCCGGAGCUAGUGACAGAGGCGGGCGAGGCGGGCGAGCCACGGCAAUCAGUGGCGAGGCGCGGGGAGCAAGUGCGACGGAGCGUGCAGAGGAGGGCGAGGCCGUGGCGAGGCGGGCAAUCGCCGGUGGGGGACGCCGGGGCCCUAGCCGUGGAGGGCGCGCCGGCGGGGAAUGCGGUUGCCGCGGGCGAGCGGCUUGGCGAAGGCCGGCGCUGGCGAGGGGCAGCGCGCGCGGGCCGUCGUCAAGAAGGGGUGCGCGGGCGCGGCCAGGGCGGCCGGCGCGUGCGGGCGUCAGUGAGCGAGGCCAUGGCCGAUGCGGUGAGCACUUUCGGGGCCCGGUCGGCGAGUGUGCACGGCGACGGAGGGGAAGAGGUGGUGGGGGAGAGGCCCGGGGCCUCACCGGGGUUCGCAGGGUCAAGGGCCGCGGUGCUCGAGGUGGGGGGACGGGGACGACGUGGAUGGAGUGGAGGCAGACCGGUGGGGAGGAGGAAGCAGGCCUGCGAGGGAGAGGACGGGGCGGACGACGGCGAGCUCCGCGCGGCGGUGGCGUCAGGGCCGAGCCCGAGUUCCAGAUCGGGGCGGAGGGGAUGGGGCGGUGCGGACGGGCAUCGGGGCCGGCUCAGGGCUGCCGAGGACACUAUGGAAGCAGAGAAACGCGAGGGUGUUCUAAUCAUCGGCAUGACCCCUAUCAACAUCGGUGCCUUCUUCUUCCAUCUGGUCCUGCAUGUGCCCAUCUACCUCGUCAACGUCCACCUCGCCACUGUAAUCACCAUCGGCAUUUCCUCCUUCUACCUGACUACUCUGCCAUGA